AUGGAAUUUCGUGGAACUUUUCCAUUGAAUUCCAUUCAAAUUGAUGUCGUUAUCCCUCAUGGAAUGCCAUGGAAAUCGAUGGAAUUCCAUGGAGGUAUUUCUUACGGUAUGUACCAGGGGCACCCAACGACAAUUUUCGGAAAAUAUCUGCUCGGAAGACGAUUUGAUAUCUAGAAUUUUCGGAACAUUUUUUGUAAAAUUUCUUGCUUGCCUGCCUCUCCUAGGAUUUUCGAAAAUCUAAAAAAUGAUUUAAUUGCCUAUUUUUAACGGAUUUUUACCCUAAAAAGGUCACCUAGAAUUUUCGGGAGCCUUUUCUCUGGCUGGAAUUUUCGAACAGGUAAGUUUUGAUCCCUAUAAUUUUCGGAUCAUUAGACUUUAAGCUAGGAGGUCCGAAUUUGCAUAGAGAGUUGCGUACGGUCGUACUUUCUUUACUCCGCGAUAAUUGCUUUAAUUUCUUAGUGAAUCUUGUUUUCCACUCAAUUUUUGUUAUUGCUAUUUGCCAUUUACGACUCUAACUAAAUUAACUAUGCCUGAAACUCGUACCACGAAGGCUGCUAGAACUCAAGGAGCUGAUUCCGCGGGAUCUGAACUUGUCACAAUGGCGACACUGGGGGAGAGGUUGAAAGUGCAAGAAAGAAUGUUUAAGAAUUUAUUCGACUCACUGUUGGCCAACGUAAACGCACGGCUAGAUUCCGUCAUCGGCCAAGUGGCAGAAAUCAAAGCUAGACUAGAUAUUUACGAGAAAGACACUAGCGAAUUGAAGGUGAGCCUUAAGUUCUCCCAGAAAGAUAUCAAGGACUUGAUACCAUGCUCAUCCCGACUGCAUGAGGUCGAAGAAGAGAUUGAAAAGAUGUGCGGUUCCCUCGAUUACCACACUGAUAAGAUCGAAUAUCUGGAGAACCAAAGUAGAAGGAGUAAUAUUCGAAUAGACGGCAUUCGAGAGCAAGAAGCAGAAACCUGGGACAACACCGAAACCAAAGUAAAUAAAGGAGAUACUCAAAGAGAAGCUUAACCUCGAUGAAGAACCGGAUAUCGAGCGGGCUUAUCGAGUCGGCAGAAGAGCAAAUGCUACAACCGGCUCCGUAGAGACGUCCAAGGACCAUCGUUUGUCGCCUCCGCGAUUGGAAGCAAAGAGAACAGAUCAUCAGAAGUGCAAGGAGAAUCAAGCCCCCUGGAAUUUUUUCUCAAUGAAGACCUGGCACAAGAAACCCUUGACAAGAGGGAAGAGCAGCGUCCUAAGUUUGAAGAAGCGAGAAGAAACGGGAAAAUAGCCUAUUUCGUUUUAGACAGGCUGCUUAUUAAAGACAGAAUUGAGCGUCCCAGUUAAGUAGCUGUGUAGUUUUGUGCUUUAGCUUUCUAUAAUAUUUAUAGUACGUAUUUAUAUAUUUAUUAUUUAUUAGCCAUGGCUUCGAUUCCUGAUCACACUUAACCUUUUAAUGCUUUAGACGAUUAUAAUGAUUUUAAUGAUCCUGAAAGACUUUCCAGCCUAAAUUACGAUCCUUUAUUUUCAAGUUGAGGUAAAGGAGACAAAUUUUCUAGGCGUAAUUUUGGAUGAAAACCUAACUUGGAAGUCGGAAAUGUCACACUUUGCAAGUAAAUUGCGAAGUCAAUCGGUAUAAAAUCUAGAUGCAGCUUCUUUCUUCCUAAAUCGUCUUUACGUAUGCUCUACUAUUCCUUAAUUUAUCCUUAUUUUUACUACUGCAAUAUCGUUUGGGCUUCGACCUAUAAACCAAUCUCCGCCGCCUUGUUAUCCUGCAAAAGCGCGUUAUUAGAAUUAUUAAUAAAUCACAUUUCAAUGCUCAUACUGAACCCAUCUUUAAGGACCUCGGUAUACUAAAAUUUAAUGAUAUCCAUUUGCUUCAACUGCGCCAAUUUAUGUAUUCUUGCAAAAAUUCAUUCUUACCUCCAAAGUUUAAUAACAAUUUCUCUCAAAGCAAUCAAUUCCACUCUUACAAUACAAGAAAUUCCCAGGCCUAUCGUCUACCGUAUUGUCGUACAAACACGAAGAAGUUCUCGCCCUUUUUUCAAGGGCCUAAGUUUUUUAAUUCACUUGACAACAAGAUCAUCAACUCUCAAUCCCUCUCCUCUUUUAAGAAAAAACUGAAGAUUAAAUUAUUGAGUAAGUAUGAAAACAGAUCAGUCUUUCCAUCUUCCACUUUUCGCCUUCUUUUCUUCAAUUGAUCUGAAACAGCUCUAGCUCAUAGUUCGAGGAGGCCUAACCUCUCAUAAGCUCCUAUAGUUUCUGUUAGGUCUCCUCGCCACUUCUUUUUUUCUUCUUUUCCUAUAUUUUUUGUAAUUAUUGUGUGGCAAAUAAAAUAAAAUAAAACAGAUGAGAAAUAUUUAGGGGAUAAGAAUAUGCCUAUAUCUACCGUUUAAAUACUAAAAUAUGUUUAACAAUGCUAUAUUUAAGUGGUUUUGAAUUAUAAUUCUCGUUGGGUGCCCCUGAUGUGCCAAGUUAUUUAAAGGGGCUAUGUCACGCUAUUUUCUACCUUUUUAAAAAGCUAAAGCGUGUUUUCGAAUCAAUUGAAUUCCAAGAAUAAGACUAUAUUUAGGCAUUAAAACCGUUUCCUGUCGUCUGUUAAUAUGGAUGGCAAGGAUGAUUGAAACUUGAAAAAAUGGCCAGCCUUUUCAAUGCAAAAAAUGACCGAAAAAUAAUUAUGGCUGGUGCUGUCUGAUAAAUUUUGUUUGAGACCUUCUCCAUAAAUCUAAAGGAGCAUUUUGUAUAAGUGUAUAGGCACUAAGUAAUGACUGCAGCACGUAAUAUUUCUAAAAACAGCGAUAUCCUCGAGACAAACCCCCUUUAACACCAGGAUAAAUUGACUACUAUAUGAUUAAAACGCCCGAUCACUGUUGUGGGAAGUCAAAUCUCUUUCUUUUUUCCACGAGCUUGACGUGGCGAGUGUUUCACCUUUUCCAAAACGAAACGUGUUAUUAUUCUCUUGUCUUAAAGCGUCAGCGUGUCCAAGUAUGGCAAUCCUGACAGGGACUUCAGGCAUCAUCACAAGUCCUUCUUACCCGGGAAAUUAUGGUAAUAACCACAAUUGCAAAUGGAAAAUCAUGGCAAGUACAGGAAAUCGCGUCAAGUUGGUCAUUCAAGACAUGGACAUAGAAAGUUGGACUAACUGUCCCUUCGACUAUAUACAAAUUCAAAAUGCUGUCAUAUAUAGUAGUGGUGUGCUUCCUGGGCGUUUAUGUGGUUCACUCACCAGCAAUUCGACUUUUUCUUCUUUCAACGAAACCUUGAUUGUACGUUUUGUUACUGAUAGUUCUGUAACAGCCCGUGGAUUUAUAGCAAGAUACACUGUUAUUCCUGGUAAGUAGAAAGAAUUAUGUUUUGCAGUGCUUUGCGCUUUAUCCAGUAUAGUAUGUUGCGCGGUAUAUGGGCACAAUCGCUUGUAAACACUAGAAAUUUUUGUUUGAGCAUAGACGAUUUCUGAAUUUUGUCCUGAAAGAUAGUCCUUUACAUUUCUCUUAAAAGGUUUCCACUUUGCUCAAUUAAGCAUAUGUAAAAUCAGGGGCAUACCCAGCCAUUUUUUCCAUUUAAGCCUGAUUUGAAGAGGUCUUGAGAAAGCGAGGGAGGAGAGAUUCAUUCAUUCAUUCAGUCGUUCGUUCGUUCGUUCGUCCCUCCCUCCCUCCCUUCCUCCAUCCAUUCAUUCAGAGAGUUGUAAAACUUUGGAACUUGAAUGUAAACGGUGCUGGUAUUGGUUCUGCAUGGCGAUAAAAAAGAGAGAGAUUGAGCACUCUUAGUAUUAUGCAUUUGAUUGCUCAUUGAAAAAACGUUAUUGAAUUUUGAAAAGAGUGAAAACAUAAAAUGGCCUAAUUAAAACAAGUGGAUUUCUUGAAAUUUCAAGUCCUUUUGCUUCUUGAAGAUCGGGUCAGUAUGGGCUUCGUACCUAGAUUUAUAUUUUCUUAUUUAUUGCCUAUGAUGUGUUGAGGACUUAGUAGAAAGCAAAGUUAUCGCCUAGCCCAUAAACAGUUUUCAGAGGGAACAUGAAGAACAGCGGGUCAUCUUUGCUCAAAAAUGUUGUGUCAAAAGAGUAAUUAGCAGUGAUUCGUCAACGAACGGGUUCUUUUAGUUAAAAAAAAAAAAUAACCGUGUCACAGUCACACCUUGAUAAACAGUUUUGGAAUUCUUUAUAAAGAACUCUGUUACACUCAAGUGCAUCUGCUAAGGUCAAUAGGGACGUAAGUGUCUCUUUAGCACUUCAUGUCUCGCUUGUGUGUGCUAGAACUAGGGAUUCCAUCAAUAUCGACGAUCGUGCGUAUAUAUUAUUAUAUCUCAGAAAAACGAGUUCUCAAAACGAGUACUCAGAGAGUAAAAUGGCAACUUUCUCAGGUCUUUGUAAGGUCUUCAGCUGUUUCGUCCUUUGUAUCUUCUGAGGAAGAGAUUCUAAUUUGUCACAGAAGAGGGAUAAGAGGCAGCCCGGUUCAGUUUAGAUUUAGCGAGAAUACGGCUCUUCCGACUAUGAAAUUUGAGUUACUCUGUUUGCAAAAUAGAAUUGCAGAGCGAAGCUAGUUCUUAAAGGGACACAGUCAGCUGAUGCAGAUGCGCAUUAGACGCCAUUUCAUAGCUGAUCUGCAUGAAACAGAAGUGAGAAGCGUAUCCGGAAUACUCUAAGCAAACCUUGUAGAGUUGAACUAGUUGCAAGCCGAAAGCGUGAUUAUAGACCCUAAGCCAUAUCAGAGCACUCAUUUUUUUAUAUAUAUACCAUUGAGAAUUCACCGAUGGAUUUGUCCAGACAUCGACGAAUACUUUCGAACGUUAGUAGAGGUGAGAAAUUACGCGAAGUCUGAAUCAUUGUCGAAGGUUCAAGGCCUAGAAAGAUUGAUUCUCCACGUACACGUAGCUACUUACAUCGAUUUUCCAAAUAUAUAAAAUGAUUAUUUGCUCGCCAGUGUAUUUGAUUCAUUUCUCUUGUUAUUUUGGUAAACGAAGGCGAUUCCUCCCGCCCGGCGCCUACGCGUGUUCGUGUUCCUUUGGAUACCGUUUUUAACCAAAUAUGAUACAAUAUUGUAAAAGGAGGAGUAAAAAAAGAGGUUUCAGUAAAAGAUCGAGGAUCUAAUAAAACAGGAGCGGAUUUCUAGAUGUAUCCGACGCGUACAUUUAAUUUCAGGUUGAGAUAAACGCUUUUCAAACUUGCAAAACUAGUGUCCAGGUCAGCGCGGUCCCAUAGCUGACUGUGUCCCUUUAAAUCGAUUUUUAAGUAAAGCAAACUAAAGUAACGAACCAUUUAAAUGGAAUGUUUCGUUCGAAAUUGCGUUUUACAUCGAUCAAUGCAGAGUAAACAUAGUUACCUAGAGCAUGAAAUGAAAUAUUUUUUUAAGGCAUUGGCUAAGGAGCCAAAAAAAGUGGUGGCCUUGUGAACACACCCGUUUUUUCAAGUACCCAAGCUGGAAUUCGGGCACGCUGCCGGUGCCCGAGUACAAUUAAGGACGAGCUCGGGUAAAAAUUAGGUACCGGUAAAAAGAUUGUAACUUGACAUUUCUUUACCCACGGAGCAUUUACGAGUUCUCAAGAAGUCGUCGAAAUGUGUCCGUGCGUUCCAGAUCGAAAUGGAAUUUGGAAGUGUUUAUUUUUGAGGAGAGCGAAAACUGAAAUACACGCAGAAAAACCUCUCGGAGCAAGGACGAGAACCAACAACAAACUCAACCAACAUACAUGUAUGGUGUCGGCGCCAGGAUUCGAACCCGGACCACAUUGGUAGGAGGCGAGUGCUCUCACCACUGCGCCACUCCGCAUUUUUGUUAGUUCUGGGGCAGUCCACUGCUUUGUAGCCGCUGCUACUUAAAAGUCAUUAAAACAUAUUUGCCUGACUCUUAAAAAAAAUGACAGAAGUGAAACGAACAUUGCAAACAAAUUAGUCACUCUGACGUCAUUUGUCCCUCUGUAGCAGACCCAGUGAAAAUCUGCCCAGUGGCUCGAUCCAGUCUGUCCAGUGAUAAUUUAUCCUCCCGGAUACCUGGAGAAUAGUUUUUUUACUCGAAUACAAUGAUUUUUUGCUUUCCCGUUCACUUUCUAUUGUGGCUCAUACAAAAUCCGAGUGUAUUUCGUUAUUCAUAUUCGUUUGAAAGAAGCAAAAAUAUAAAACAUAAUCACCAUUGACAAAAUCAGGUUUUCAAGGGUUUCAUACCGGUAGAGAUGUAAGGCCUGUUACUCAUUUUAGCUUUUAUGAGAGAUACACAACUAAGAAGAAAAACCCAGUGCAAAAUAGACAAGCCCGGUGACGUUUUCUCCGGUAAACCAGUGAAGAUAUAGAUUUCACUGGUCAUGUUAAAGAAUGAUGUUCAUGAUCAUUAGCCGAUAUAAUGGCGAUCAUUAUAACCCCUUUCUGUUUAUAUGGAACCGAAGAGAAUUUUUGUUUCUAAUAACAUGUUAAGCAUCAAAAGUUAGCCUGUCAAGAGAGUAAAGUUUGUGAGUUUUUGUUUUAAACAUUGAUUUUCUGACUUCCAUUUGCAGUUGUCAACUCUGAAGCAUGUUCCUUUGCUGUUAACGGAUCCAGUGGGUUCAUCAGCUUUAGCAGUGCAACCGACAAAUUCACGCGUUGCACGUGGAUCAUCACAGCACCAUCCAACCACACCGUCAAACUAACGACAUUUCGUCUAUUUGGUUCUCCCUAUGAUAAACCAGAGAUCCAAGUUUACGACGGAAAAAGGAAAAAUGAUACCGUACUGGGAGUUUUUACUAUUAUACAGCCCUUUAUCAUACAAACAAGUGGUCGAUUCAUGAUGUUGACUUUAAAAAAGAAGUAUUGGUCUACCCCUUGUAUCUUAAAAGGAGCAUAUGACACGAGUUCAAGAAAAGGUUAGCGAUAUUAAGUUAUCAAAACAACAGAAUAUGAACUGCAUAAGAAUGCUAAUUAGCUCCUCACUAAAAUAUAUUCUUGGGGGGCGCAACCGAUUCGGAGUAAUGGAUGCGUCUUAAAGGCUUUGAAAGUUUUUCAAUUGAUCCGUGAGUAAAUUAAUACAACUGUAUUCUAAAUGGUCUACUAAUUGAGAGCCUAACACGGUUCUGUACUACACUAAUUAUCUCUAAGCGCAAAGAGCAAAGAUUUUAGAAAUGUCAUGAAUUACCGUAAUUUACGAAAAAUAGUUUGAAUUCAAUGCUGCGGUGGCUCAUAAGGACUAAACACUUCCCAGAUUCCAAAACACUUCCCAGAAUCCAAAACACGUCCCAGAAUCCAAAACACGUCCCAGAAUCCAAAACACUUCCCAGAAUCCAAAACACGUCCCAGAAUCCACAAACACUUCCCAGAAUCCAAAACACUUCCCAGAAUCCAAAACCACAUCCCAGAAUCUAAAGCAGGUCCCAGGAUCCAAAAACACAUCCCAGAAUCUGGAUUCUGGAAAGUGUUUUUGAAUUCUGGGAAGUGUUUUGGAUUCUGGGAAGUGUUUUUGGAUUCUGGGAAGUGUUUUGGAUUCUGGGAAGUGUUUUGGCCUUACAAGCCACCGUACAAUGCGAUUGCAUAAGCGAAAACUACCUUGAAAAUAGUGAACUAAACCGUUGUACUGUGAAAAGAAUUUGAAAUCCCGACUUUACAUUCGGUUAUUGAAGUUCGUGUUUUUGUCCGAUGUUGAGUUCAGGUCAUUUUGCGUAAAAUUUAGUGGUCUUAAGGUCGAGCAACAAAAAAAAAACAUGCAACUUGGUUUGCAACAUUGCUGCAAAACGAGUUGCGAGGCCAUGUUCCGCGUUUUACCACCCACAUCAAACCAGUCCUGCAACAAAUCAGGUUGUUAACGGGUUUGGACGACAGUGGUAAAACGCACAACAUCGCUUUUCAACUCGUUUUGCAGUAAUGUUGCAUAACAAGUUGGAUGUUUUUUGUUGCCCGUUUUACCGAAGCUUUAUAAGCGAACUAAGACUCCUCGAAAAAUCAUAUUAAAGUCAGCGAAUAUUCAACGUACAGAUUUAUAUUUGGUCUCUUUAAAGCUUAGGAAGUCUACUUUUCAGGAAAAAAAACAAAGAUUUAUGGUGCGCCGAUGAAGCCUUCCGAAUCAUUUUGCUUCAAAGACGCAAUAAAUUUUGCGGCGUUAUUAUUUUAUCUAAGCGGCAAGCAAUAGGAAUUCCAGAGGGCAAAUGCGACAGCUAUACACGUAUGAUGCAAAUGAUGUAAAUGAAUCCACCCAACGAUUGGUUGAAGACGGGAAGAGCACGGGACUCACAAACACGCAAGCGGCUCGUGGAUUCUCUGUUCUGUAUCACGUGUUCGCUCGAAAACAAUGCAUUCUCUUAUCUGCAUUGCGUCAUAAAAGUUACCUUAAUCAACUAUAUGUUACAGUCGAACCUCUCUAAUACGGACACCGAAGGGACAGAGCGAAGUGUCCGUAUUAGAGAGGUGUCCGUAUAAAAGAGGUCAUUAUGAUGACGUCACUUCUUUGACUCCACUUACAGUUUUAAGAGUUCAGUAGCUGAAACCAGGCUUACACUCGCCUUUAAACUGCGUUUAAGUCUAUUAAUUCACUGUACAAAAACACUUUCAGUAGCAGACAACAUUGUACAUAUCAGCUACAUACGUACAUUCGUAGACAAAUCACUGUUUUAAGAUGAAACGAGCUACAGCGCAAUGCUGCAUGUAAAAAGUUUUAACGUAAAGCACAAUUCUGAAAGUGUCUUUCGCUAUUUUGCAAGUGCAGUUAACAGUAACUGGAGUACAAAAUGUAAUAGAAAAGAUCUAUACGCUAUCUGUAGUUAUUCAAGCUUUUAAAAAGUCGGUUAUGUUCAUCUGUACACAUUUUGCAAAUUAAUUGUUUGGUAUACAGCGACUGGGCAGACAUCAGCCAGACUAGACGGGAUUUACCCUGUGCAAAUUCACCUGACUCUCCGUAAUAGAGAGGUUACGUUUAUGUGAAUUUACUCUCUGGGGCCGAGAUUUAGUGUCCGUUGUCCGUUUUAGAGAGAUUCCGUAUUAUAGAGGGUUUUUUUAAGAAAAUAUAUGAGAAUUUUGUCGGGACAUUGAAAACUGUCUGUAAUAUAUAGGUGUCCGUCUUAGAGAGGUGCCCGUACCGAGAGGUUCGACUGUACAUGGAUUCGAGAUUCAUUCUGCCUUUUGGAUGUUCGCGUACGGCUUUAAAAGGCUGCCGACUGCCGCCUAGCAGCCUCGAGAAGACACGAGGCUGCUCGUUGGCAAUAAUUGGGAAAGCCUAGGGAAAAAAAGUUAAACGGCGAAAUAUUUUACAGAAUUGUCAUCGACGAAUGAAUAAAUCAAUAAAUAAGUAAGAAGAUAAACAUUCUAAGGAAACAUUUAAUGGAAUUAAACAUGGUGACCUAGUUUUCUGUCAAGUCUAAACUACUCCUUUAAUUUUAUACAUUUUAUUUUACUUAACCUCAUUGAGGCUUUUCAAACACAAUAAUUGAAAUUUAAUUACAUAAAAAGAUAAUUCAUUAUAAUGGAAAAGCUACUUUGAGGACACUAAAAUAUUUACAAUAAUAUUAUAUCAGAAGUAUGGCCUAUUUAAAUUAAUUUAAAAACUAACUUCAAAACUCUGAGAAAAAUAUUUGCACUAAAAUUUAAUUGACUUGAUAAAAUACUUAUCUAUAUCCUUGACGUGUUACGCUUCAGAUCGAACUUGAAAGUAGACACUGACUCAUGAGUUUUAAGAUAGCUAUCCAUGGAGUUCCAGAUACUGACUAUUCUAUUAUAAAACGUCCUCUGACCACUAACAGUCUUGAAAAGUCGAAUGUUCGGUAUCUUUAAACUUCUCGUGGCACGCCCGCUUAUUUCUCCUCGCUUAAUGAACUGGAAGGAAAGGUUUUCCGGCACGCGGGAAGUUAGGCAUUUAAAGGCCAAAAUAGCGUUUUAAAAGUAUAAGUGAGUUGCUACUAGUAGCCAUUUAUGCUCUUCUAAAACUGGUGUGAUGUGAUCAUAUUUGCGCGUACGUACUGGUCGCAAUUGGAGCAGCAAAGUUCUGAAUAUUUUUUAACUUACUGAUACCAUUUUUGCCCAAUACGUUCGAACAAUAAAAACGUUUACUAAAAACUAAAGCAUUUAUGAUAUACAGGCCCAGAACAACCUUAUAACUAUAAACCUUACUAAAGGGUAACGUUGAAAAACAUCUCCCCACUAUUACUUUGGAUAUCAAACAGGAAGUAUUUCUCAAGCUUUCAGACGUUUAGUUUCAUAGUAAUGCUACAAACUGGGACAAGCAAAUCGACUUUCUUCUCGGCAAAACAGGAAGGCGUAUGGACAUAUUAUGAGUGUGCACGAAGUAUGGCUAUAGUCUGGACUCUUUACAACACCUCUUCCAUAGUCUGAUUAUACCUCUUUUUACUUAUGGCAUUUCAGUAUGGGGUGUUGCAAGUUAUGAAAGGUAUCUUUCUAAAAUUGAUAAGUUUCAGAAGAGAACAGUUCGUUUUGGCUUUCUUAAGGAGGCCACGCUCAUUUUAAGAGCGUCUGUCCGUAAAAAUCAAACAUAUCGCGGCAAGGGAGGAAAAUUCGAUUUCUUUCAUAUUUUAAUGUUAGAUAGGCUAGGGUAUAAUUAUAAUCACUGUAUGUUUUUUUUGGUGAAAUAUCCUUUUAUUUCAGAGAUAAAUGCAAAUAUCCAAAAUCCGUUGAAAUCGCCAUUUGAGGCGAUCAAUUUUUACAUGGGUUUGAAAGCCUCGGGUGCAAAAACCGAUUCCUCUACCGUCUUUUAAACAUCACAGCCUUCUUUUACAACUUCUAAAUAUCUGUUAAAAUGAUUUGAGGAGCUAGUGCUCUGUUCUUUGUAUACAAAAUAAUUUAAUUUCGAAGGCAUACAAUUUACUUCAAUAAAAGUAAUGCGUGAAAAAACAUAAUUUUCACCAUGUGCGAAACCUUCAAAUCGAUUAAGCUGCAGGUGGUUGAAUGUUAGAAGGAUGGUCUAGUGAUUCCUGUAAAAAUUUCUUUGGGAAAAUGAUUACUAGCGACGCGAGAGCUUUACAGAAUCUGUUAAAAAUGCAGAUAUUAACCUUCCGCGUUCAACUUUGAAGUUGCCAGUCGGACAAAAUUUAGUCCCUUCACUCGUCUAAACCCACAGUAGAUUAAAACAAGCAGAUGGGAAACCGUUUUAAAUGUUCAUACCUUAAAAUCUGCUGUAAAAGACGAGUCCAAAGGCCAUUUUAGCCCGAUUAUCGAGACCUUUGAUCUUUGCCUUGUAACGCGCGUGUAAUUGUACACCACGCCAACUGUCAACUUAUUCACAGGACAAAUACAAUUCUUUGAUCCACUUUAGGGGAUUUUCAUUACGACUGCAUCUUUUUCAACAGCUCAGUCAUUUGUUAAACAUUGCUUAGAAUGUAUAGUAUCUGAAAACAUUACCAGAGAUUACAUCUGAUUGCUACAACAGAAUGACCCAAAAAUGCCGGUGCUCAAAUCUUGAAUUGCAGGCAGCCGUUUGUAAGUCACGCAAUCCAAUUUAGGUGGGGUGGAGAAGGGUGAAGUAGCAAACGGCCACAACGAGAACAACAGCAAUAAUUGAGGCUAAGUUCACACUAUGCUAGAUAGCUUUUCGUGCAGACACAAAAAGCUAUCCGGUCAAGUAUGAACACCUAUCCAGUAGGUGAUACUCCUGUUUAGAGAUCGGUGCGUCUCAGCUUUGCUUCACCCUUCUGUUCGUGAACAGAAGCCCUAUUCAGUAUGCUUUCUUUUUGUGCCGGCACAAAAGCUCUCCGGUAUAGAGUGAAUAAAGACAAUCUAUAACUUAAGAUAGUGAUACCCUUAGACACGGUCUUUCCCUGUUAAAAUCCAAAUACUGGUGAUUUUAGUUAUUCACAACUUUGGUUGUCAGCUCCCGGACUUGGUGAUUUUAUUAAAGGGUAUCAGGACCGUUAUCAGUACCACAACCUGCCGAAAGAAGCCGUACUUGAAGCUGUUGAAGAAUUUCGCACAAGGCUGCAGCUGCAAUUCUGUAGAACAAACUCUAACAUAAGCAUGCAGUCAUAGUCUAGGGACGUCUAGCAUUAAGGUCAUUUCGCAACUCUUAAUUCCCUUCAGGGCCGACCAUGGGUUUUGCGUAUACAGUAUACAGAGAAUACUUCAUGGAAAGUGCUGGCGUACGGUAUUUACGCACGAGUUGUUGACGUAUCAGAAAUCGAAAUCGAACGAGUAAGCGCAGCGAACGAGUAAGAUUUCUGAUACAAAAACGAGUGUGUAAAUACCGUACAAAGCACUUUCCAUGUGGUAUUGUGUUUAUUAUAUACAUACUGAGACAUUCAUCAUUUUGGCGGCCUUUUUAUUUUAAACUCAAAAAUGCUAAAAUUUGCCGCUACACACUUACCGCAAAAUGACAACGAAAACGAAGUAUCAGCUUUUUAAUAAAAACGUUUGUUAAAAACAUAAAUGACGGUAAGGAUAUGAGGUAAUCCAAGAACUACAAUUAAUCUUAAUUGUUUGUUCUCAGUGUACAAUUGAAAAUGAGUGAAUUUAAGUAAAAUGGCCGGUUUCAAUAUAAGCUUAAGCUUAAAUGAAAGGCAAAGUAGCUCCGACAAAAAGCACAACAAAAGCUUACGUCUCGUUCUGUUUAUCCCUUUCCGCUGUUGUUUCGCCGGCUGUCUACCGUUUUCUUUAUCGACAAUGAAACAAACGAAACUAUUCCACUCCAUUUCCGAAUUGUUUUCCACUUUUUUAGCGAGAAAAACUCUUUGAAUGAAACUUUACUCGUUGAAUCUGUGCGAAGCGGCGCUGCAAGCUGCAAUAAAAGGUGGGAAUUUUGGCGCGAAACUCACACACCUCUGUGGCUUCUGAUUGGACGUAUCAUCCUCUGAUUGGCUAGAACUAAUUUGCGUACGAAAAUUUACGACAUAGCUUUUUGGUGAGUAUUUCUCAGUAUGUAUAUAAUAAAUUGGGGUAUUUAAUUUCAGGUAUACAACAUUUUUAUGCUUAAAAUUGGGUAUAAAGUAUUCACUCACAAUUAAUUCUGGGUAUAAACCAUACCGUGGUUUUCUUAAUUUUGGUAUUUUACACUAUUUUUAAUAUAGUUUUUGGUAUAUUGCAAGGCAGUUAUUUCGGGGAUUUUUGUAGCGGAGCUCUGCGCGCGCGCGCGCGCGUGGACGGAGCCCCAUAGCUAAGUAAAAGCCAACGAGGCGCGUAGCGCCAAGUUGGCUAUAACUGUCUUAUAUCCAACAAGCGCGAAUGGAAUAAAGGUUUUAUUAAAUUUUUUAAACUCCAAACGUCUGGCUAUUACAACGGAAUUCUAGUAAAUUUCAUUUUAAAUAUUACAAAACGACCGGAUAUUAAUGUAACUUCCGGUAAACCAAGGGAAAAUCACAUGACAAGUGCGCCGUUUGCGAUUUUAGUUGAAUGAAAUUUUGUGAGCGUCACAAAUUCUGCAGAGGGCCCUUUGGUGGAUCUCCUCCCACCCAGUAGAACAACAUUGCUAAGGAAUCGUGAUCACUCCUAUGUACUUCCUGAAAUUAGAACUAAACGUUUUAAAUGCUGUUUUAUAAAUAGGUUUCCUUUUAAUUUUACUAUUAAAUUGUCAGUUGUAAUCCGGAACGUUUGUUUUUGAAAUCAAUGAAGAGCUUAUUUAUUUAUUCAUUUAAUAGCGGAGUGCGUUUGUCAAAAACAUGCUUUGUGCGGAUUAUUUGACUGCAGCAAGACAUACAGAAGGAGAGAGUUUUGGUAAUGUGUUCGUCAUAGAUUAAAUUAGUGUCCAAAAUCACCCCAAGGUCUUUAGUGGUGUGUUCUAGUACGGGUUCUCUUCCCAUGAAAGUGAGGCUGGGAGUGACCAAUCUGGAAUGCAUUGGCCUACUACCAAACACCAUAACUUAAGUUUUGCUUGGAUUCAACAAAUAAGGUUGUUGGAACACCAUUGUCCUAUUCUAUGCAAGUAGUCUCUUAAGUCUGCAAAGGGGUUCACAAUAUCUUUCAUUUUGAAGGAUAUAACCUGCCUAGUGUCGUCUACAUAGCUCUGGACGCUGCAUUUCUCAGGUGCUGAAGGAAGAUCGAUUAGUGUAUAUGCUAAAUAAAAGUGGUCCGAGUAUACUUCCCCGCUAAACGCCGCAGUGAAUGGGUAAGGGCUCUGACAAUAUUGAAAGGAUUCGAACCACUUUUCGUCUUUCAUUAAGGUAGCUACAAAACCACUGGAUAACAGAGUUUGAGGCGCCUACAUCUUGCAUUUUCAACAUUAGAGGUUCGGGGCUGACACGGCCGUCGAAAGCCUUGCUCAUGUCUAAGAACAUUGCCGAAGUCUACAUCUUUUGGUCUAUCGCUAUAAGAAUAGUGUCAGUUGUUUCUAUGACAGAUGUUUCCGUCGAAUGCCGUUUUUGUUUUUGCCUCUUUGGUCUUUGUUAACCUAUCAUUUAAUUGCAAUGUGAAUUGAUUGUGUACGACCCUUUCACAAACUUUUGACGAAAUCGUUAAAAGCGAAAUUAGUCUGUUGUUAUUUGCUAAUUCAUGGUUUUCAGUUUAAGUGAGAGGUCUUACUUUCUUACUUUCCAAGUGGUGGGAAAUUUGCAUGGUUCAAUAGAAGUGUUAAUAAUAGACGUGAUUACUGAAAGAAUUGGUCUUUUAAAACACGAACAGAAAUCUUGUCGAUCCCUAGGACUUUGUUUGAUUGCAUUGAUGAUAUUCUGCGUUCGAUGUCAACACUGCCUAUGGUAUUCAAAUGAAACUGAUCACCCAAAGGGUUUUUUAGUUUUGUCUUAGUUCAAUUUAACAAGGAAUAAAGGUUUUACGCAUGUAGCUUAAUAUUUAUUGACAUAAAGAGAGUUACAUAACGAUAUGAACGCGUACAGAGCCGUAAAUCUCCUGUGAAAUAUUAUACUCAACGUGGAAUGUGGUGGAGUGUAGAAUGACAGAAAGACGGAAAUGGUGAGGGCUGCAUAGUAACGUAAACCUUACAAAUCAAAAAAAGUUUCGUUUUAUUUUUUCCCUAGGAAAAAAAAAAUGAAAGAAAAACGCUUAAGAUGUUAUUCCCUCUUAAUCAGUAACACUUAAAUGAAUGAAAAAAAAUUCAUGAAUGCGAGAAAUGUAGCGUAAAUCUAGUAUACCAAGGAAACCUCUGCUUUUCAGUAAUAACAAACUGUGACCAAAACAACAAAAAUACAUUAUUCCUUUCAGCUACUGGCCCCGUGGCCUUACUUGAAGGUGCUUACAUUGUUCACCUGCAUUGAUCUUAGAAAACGCUGUCAUGUAAACAAACCCCUGGCCUGAAGUUCUGAUCACCGUUGUCAAAAGCUUUCUGGGAAGUUGUAGGAGGAAAAUUUUAUAGUACCGUUAGAUCAAACUUUUUCUAUUGACAGUUCAAGAAAACUGACGGUUUAUUGGUACAUGAUGUGAAACUUAGUUUAAAUUCCCAACGAUUUGAUGACGCGAUUCAAAUCCUGAAGUACGUGAUAUCAUAAAUACGGCUCCCCUGUAUUCUUACUGACUAUCAUUUAUUUGUUUCCCGAGUGUGUAAAGUGGGACGUUUUACAACAACGUGAGAUAGUAUUGAAACGCUUAAAUUUGAAAGGGAUGGCCCAAAACGAUAAUACGACGCAUGUCCGAGUCUGACUUACGGCAGGCCAAUUUCAGUUACAGUGUAAAUUAAAAGUAUUCCCGUACUUAUUUCAAACGACGAACUUACGAAUACCCUCCAAUCUCUGUGCUAAAAUUCUUGAGUAUCGUUUAGCAUGGUGUUCUACAAGAGAGUACAGUAAUAACUUAUCCUUUGGGAGUCUUAUUUAAGUAGAAUUGAUCAACUUUAAUUCAAUUAACUUGCAACCUGAUAUGACUUGAAAUCGGGACAUCUUAAAAACUUGCUAAAUUGUCUUUUUCAGAAAAGCCGAGGAUAAGGGUACCGUUGGCGGAGGUGCGAACUGUACCAGAGCAUUAUAUCUGGUUUCUGCUGGAAGGUACCCCACCGAUUAACUUGACUCUAAUAAAUACAUCAACAGCUUUGAAGGGCGGUUUGGUCAUAAAAGGAUUCAAACUAAAUCGGACGGGUACCUACCAGUACACUCUACUAGCAGAAAAUGAAGAAGGAACUGAUUCAAUGACGGUUGAAGUAACCGUUCUGGGUAAGGAUCCAAUACUGUUUAAUUUCAUUUCAAUGUAG